UCUUCAGCGGAAAUAAGGAAGCAAUUUACUCUCCCACCAAACUUUGGGCAGUGCCAUCGACAGAGCAUCAGCACAUCUAGCUUCCCCUCUCUUCAACUACCUCAGUUUUACGACCCAGUGGAGCCAGUGGACUUUGAAGGCCUUCUGAUGACCCACCUGAACAGCCUUGAUGUGGAGCUGGCUCAGGAGCUGGGGGACUUCACUGACGACGACCUGGAGGUGGUGUUCACACCAAAAGAAUGCCGCACCCUGCAGCCCUCUUUGCCGGAGGAAGGGGUUGAACUGGAUCCUCAUGUCAGAGACUGUGUUCAGACCUAUGUCCGGGAGUGGCUAAUCGUGAACCGGAAAAAUCAAGGGGGUUCAGAGAGCUGUGGUUUUAAGAAGACUGGAUCCAGAAAAGACUUUCACAAGACCCUGCAGAAGCAGACAUUUGAGUCAGAGACUUUGGAGUGCACAGAGCCCAGCAGCGCUCAGACAGGCCCCCGCAGCUUGCACGUGCUGUGUGACACGUCUGGGAAAGGUCCUCUCACUGCCUGUGACUUUGACCUCCGCAGUCUGCAGCCUGACCAGCGGCUUGAAAACCUCCUGCAAUGCGUCAGCGCCGAGGACUUUGAGCGUCAGAAUGAGGAGGCCCGGAGGGCCAAUCGGCCGGCUGAGCUCUUCGCUCUUUACCCCUCGGUAGACGAGGAGGAUGCUGUGGAAAUACGUCCGGUACCAGAAUGUCCUAAGGAACAUCUGGGCAACAGAAUACUGGUCAAGUUGCUGACCCUGAAGUUUGAGAUUGAAAUUGAGCCUCUGUUCGCCAGCUUUGCCUUCUAUGAUGUUAAAGAGCGGAAAAAGAUCUCAGAAAAUUUCCACUGUGACCUGAACUCGGAUCAGUUCAAAGGCUUUCUGCGGGCUCAUACCCCCUCCGUGGCCCCGUCAAGCCAGGCGAAAUCUGCAGUAUUCUCGGUCACCUACCCAUCCUCAGACAUCUACCUAGUUGUUAAGAUUGAGAAAGUCCUUCAGCAGGGAGAGAUUGGAGACUGUGCAGAACCCUACAUGGUUAUCAAGGAAAGUGAAGGCGGGAAGAGUAAAGACAAGAUUGAAAAACUCAAACUUCAAGCAGAGUCCUUCUGCCAACGUUUAGGGAAAUACCGGAUGCCCUUUGCCUGGGCUCCCAUAAGCUUAAACAGCUUCUUCAACAUCUCCACCCUUGACCGGGAAGUAACUGAUGUGGAGGCCACGGUUGGGAGAAGCUCUGUGGGUGAGCGGAGGACUUUGUCCCAAUCCAGAAGGCUUUCUGAGCGAGCCCUGUCCUUGGAGGAAAAUGGGGUUGGAUCCAAACCUACUAUCAUGACCAUUACCAACUUCUUCAAGCAGGAGGGAGAUCGCCUGAGUGAUGAAGACUUGUUCAAGUUCCUAGCUGACUACAAAAGGCCCUCAUCCUUGCAGAGACGGGUCAAGUCGAUUCCAGGCUUGCUUAGACUGGAAAUUUCCUCAGCUCCAGAGUCACUCAACUGCUGUCUGACUCCUGAAAUGUUGCCAGUGAGACCAUUUUCUGAAAACCGUACACGUCCACACAAAGAGAUCUUGGAAUUCCCUAUCCGGGAGGUAUAUGUCCCUCAUACUGUGUACAGAAACCUCCUGUAUGUCUACCCACAGAGGCUGAACUUUACCAACAAGCUGGCAUCUGCCCGGAACAUCACAAUCAAGAUCCAGUUUAUGUGCGGAGAGGAUGCUAGCCACGCAAUGCCGGUCAUCUUUGGAAAGUCCAAUGGGCCUGAAUUUUUGCAGGAAGUGUACACAGCCAUCACGUACCAUAAUAAGUCUCCUGACUUUUAUGAAGAAGUGAAAAUUAAGCUUCCGGCGAAGCUCACAGCACAUCACCAUCUCCUCUUCACCUUCUACCACAUCAGCUGUCAGCAGAAGCAGGGCACUUCGGUGGAAAGCCUUCUGGGCUAUUCUUGGCUGCCGAUUCUCUUAAAUGAGCGUCUUCAGACGGGAUCCUACUGUCUCCCAGUUGCCUUGGAGAAGCUACCUCCCAAUUACUCCAUGCAUUCUGCCGAGAAAGUGCCUUUACAGAAUCCUCCCAUUAAGUGGGCUGAAGGACAUAAGGGAGUGUUUAAUAUUGAAGUACAAGCUGUUUCCUCUGUGCAUACUCAGGACAACCACCUGGAGAAGUUCUUCACCCUCUGCCACUCCCUGGAGAGCCAGGUGACCUUCCCGCUCCGCGUGCUGGACCAGAAGAUCAGUGAGGGUGCGCUGGAGCACGAGCUGAAGCUCAGCAUCAUCUGCCUCAAUUCCUCCCGCCUGGAGCCUCUGGUGCUCUUCCUGCACCUGGUGCUCGACAAGCUCUUCCAGCUGUCUGUGCAGUCCAUGGUCAUCGCCGGCCAGACAGCCAACUUCUCCCAGUUUGCCUUUGAGUCUGUGGUGGCCAUCGCCAACAGUCUCCACAACAGUAAGGACCUGAGCAAGGACCAGCAUGGGCGGAACUGCCUGCUCGCUUCCUAUGUGCACUAUGUCUUCCGCCUGCCGGAGCUGCACAGGGACUUGCCCAAGUCAGGUGGCUCCACUCCUGUCCCUGAUCCUCGCUACCACACAUAUGGACGCACUGCUGCUGCUGCUGUGAGCUCAAAGCUGCUACAGGCCCGGGUGAUGAGUAGCAGCAACCCAGACCUCGCGGGGACACACACUGCAGCAGACGAGGAAGUAAAGAGCAUCAUGUCAGCAAAGAUUGCCGAUCGGAACUGCAACCGGAUGUCAUACUACAGUCCUGGCAAUAAUGAUGUUCCAAAUUCAGCCUCAGCCCCAAGACCAGCCAGCAAAAAGCAUUUCCAUGAGGAGCUUGCCCUGCAGAUGGUGGUCAGCACCGGGAUGGUAAGGGAGACCGUCUUCAAGUACGCCUGGUUCUUCUUUGAGCUGCUGGUGAAAAGCAUGGCCCAGUAUGUACACAACACAGACAAAAGGGACAGUUUUCGGAGGACACGCUUUUCUGACCGUUUCAAAGAUGACAUAACGACUAUUGUGAAUGUGGUCACCUCAGAGAUUGCGGCCCUUCUGGUAAAACCUCAGAAGGAAAAUGAACAGGCAGAAAAGAUCAAUAUCAGCCUGGCCUUCUUCUUGUACGACCUCCUUUCCCUCAUGGAUCGUGGCUUUGUGUUUAACCUUGUCAAGCAUUACUGCAAUCAGCUAUCAGCCAAGCUCAGUAACCUUCCAACGCUCAUUUCUAUGCGGCUGGGAUUCCUGAGGGUCCUCUGCAGCCAUGAACAUUACCUCAGCCUGAAUCUCUUCUUUAUGAACACUGACACUGCACCAGCAUCACCCUGCCCUUCCAUAUCUUCUCAGAACUCCAGUUCCGGUUCCAGCCUGCAAGACCAGAAGUUCGCCAGCAUGUUCGAUCUGACUCCCGAGUACCGCCAGCAGCACUUUCUCACCGGACUGCUCUUCACCGAAUUGGCUGCUGCCCUGGAUGCCGAAGGGGAAGGGAUCAGCAAAGUGCAAAGGAAGGCUGUCAGUGCCAUCCACAGCCUGCUGAGCAGUCAUGACCUGGAUCCACGGUGUGUCAAGCCAGAGGUGAAGGUCAAAGUUGCUGCCCUCUAUCUGCCCUUGGUUGGCAUCAUUUUGGAUGCUUUGCCACAGUUCUAUGACUUCACAGCUGCAGAUGCUCGUGGUGGAAAAAAUCGUUCCAGUGGCUCAGACGAAGAACAGGAAGGAGGGAGUGCAAUUAACCAGAAUGUGGCCCUCGCCAUUGCUGGGAAUCAUUUUAAUCUGAAGACCAAUGGGACAACCCUGUCUUCUUUGCCCUACAAGCAGUGCAACAUGCUGAGUGCCGACACCACCCGCAACCUCAUGAUUUGCUUCCUCUGGAUCAUGAAAAACGCAGAUCAAAGCCUUAUUCGGAAAUGGAUUGCUGACCUGCCAUCAAUGCAGCUAAACAGGAUUUUAGACCUGCUUUUCAUCUGCGUCUCCUGUUUUGAGUACAAGGGAAAGCAGAGCUCCGACAAGGUCAGCACCCAAGUCCUGCAGAAGUCCAGGGAUGUCAAGGCUCGGCUGGAGGAGGCGCUGCUGCGUGGCGAAGGGGCCCGAGGAGAGAUGAUGCGGCGGUGCCGGGCUCCUGGGAAUGACCGAUUUGCAGGCCUCAGUGAGAACUUGAGAUGGAAGAAAGAGCAGACACAUUGGCGGCAAGCUAAUGAGAAGCUAGAUAAAUCAAAAGCAGAGUUAGACCAAGAGGCCUUGAUCAGUGGCAACCUGGCAACAGAAGUGAAUUUAAUCAUCUUGGAUAUGCAGGAGAAUAUCAUCCAGGCCAGCUCGGCGCUGGACUGGAAGGACAGCCUGCUGGGAAGCGUCCUGAGGGUCCUGGUGAACUCUCUGAGCUGCGAUCAGAGCACCACUUACCUGACUCACUGUUUCGCGACACUCCGAGCUCUCAUUACCAAGUUCGGGGACUUACUGUUCGAGGAGGAGGUGGAGCAGUGUGCAGACCUCUGCCAGCGCAUGCUGCACCACUGCAGCAGCAGCAUGGACGUCACCCGGAGCCAAGCCUGUGCCACCCUCUACCUACUCAUGAGGUUCAGCUUCGGAGCUGUCAGCAACUUUGCAAGAGUAAAGAUGCAGGUAACUAUGUCUCUGGCAUCUUUGGUGGGUAAAGCACCAGACUUUAAUGAGGAGCAUCUGAGAAGAUCCUUGAGGACGAUUUUGGCCUACGCAGAAGAGGACACAGCCAUGCAGGCCACUCUCUUCCCCACCCAGGUUGAAGAGCUUCUGUGCAAUCUGAAUAGCAUUUUAUAUGAUACAGUGAAAAUGAGGGAAUUUCAUGAAGAUCCUGAGAUGCUUAUGGACCUCAUGUACAGAAUUGCCAAGAGCUACCAGACUUCUCCUGACCUGCGGCUGACCUGGCUGCAGAACAUGGCAGAGAAGCACACCAAGAGGAGGUGCUACACGGAGGCCGCCAUGUGCCUGGUGCAUGCAGCUGCCCUGGUGGCCGAGUACCUGAGCAUGCUGGAGGACCACAGCUACCUGCCCGUGGGCAGCGUCAGCUUUCAGAACAUCUCUUCCAACGUGCUGGAGGAAUCUGCAGUCUCUGAUGACACCCUGUCACCAGAUGAAGAUGGUGUGUGCUCGGGCCGGUACUUCACAGAGAGCGGCCUGGUGGGCCUUCUGGAGCAGGCCGCCGAGCUCUUCAGCACGGGGGGCUUGUAUGAAACAGUUAAUGAGGUGUACAAGCUGGUCAUCCCCAUCCUGGAAGCACACAGAGACUUCCGGAAGCUGACCUCCACUCACAACAAGCUGCAGAAGGCCUUUGACAGCAUCAUAAACAAGGGGCAUAAGAGAAUGUUUGGAACCUACUUCCGAGUUGGUUUCUAUGGAUCCAAAUUUGGGGAUUUGGAUGAGCAGGAAUUUGUGUACAAAGAGCCUGCAAUUACCAAGCUUCCUGAGAUCUCUCAUAGACUAGAGGCAUUCUAUGGGCAGUGUUUUGGUGCAGAAUUUGUGGAAGUGAUCAAAGACUCGACACCAGUGGACAAAACCAAGUUGGAUCCUAACAAGGCCUACAUCCAGAUCACAUUUGUGGAGCCCUACUUCGAUGAGUAUGAGAUGAAAGACAGGAUGACCUACUUUGAGAAGAACUUCAACCUACGGCGGUUCAUGUACACAACGCCCUUCACGCUGGAGGGGCGGCCCCGUGGGGAGCUGCAGGAACAGCACCAGCGGAACACGGUCCUCACCACCAUGCAUGCCUUCCCCUAUAUCAAGACCCGCAUCGCUGUCAUCCAGAAGGAAGAGUUUGUGUUGACACCAAUUGAAGUUGCCAUUGAAGAUAUGAAGAAGAAGACCCUGCAGUUAGCGGUUGCCAUUAACCAGGAGCCGCCUGAUGCAAAGAUGCUUCAGAUGGUUCUACAAGGCUCAGUGGGAGCUACUGUGAACCAGGGACCACUGGAAGUGGCCCAAGUGUUCCUGGCUGAGAUUCCAGCUGACCCCAAACUCUACCGCCAUCACAACAAGUUGAGGUUAUGCUUUAAGGAGUUCAUAAUGCGAUGUGGGGAGGCCGUUGAGAAGAACAAGCGCCUCAUCACUGUGGACCAGAGGGAGUAUCAGCAGGAGCUGAAAAAGAACUACAACAAACUAAAAGAGAGCCUCAGGCCCAUGAUGGAACGGAAAAUUCCAGAGCUGUACAAGCCGAUAUUCCAAGUGGACAGUCAGAAGAGAGACUCCUUCCACAGAUCUAGUUUCAGGAAAUGUGAGACCCAGUUGUCACAGGGCAGCUAA